AUGCCAUCCUCAACUCUGGCAAAAAAUUUUGAGGAUUUGUCAUCAGAUCGUCAGCGGGUCAUGGCUUUCAUGUGGAUAUUGCUCACCCAGCAUAAUUUCACAGAAGCAGCUAAACUUUUAAAACAUACAGUGCAUAAGUACGAUCUUUCAUCGUCUUGGUUUUGGCAAGUGGCAUUUCAUCUUUUUAACGUUAUGAAAACCCCUUACUCAACGGACGGUAUAAACAAAAUUCUGUUUGACUUCGCCUUGCUUGAUGAAAACAAUCGAAAGUUGGAGGCGAUUCUGUCGAUGAUACAAUGCCGUGAUUGGGAUGCUGCUCUUCAGAACAAAAAUCUUCCAUUAAAUGUGACCAGACUCCGUGAUUAUUCUAGGGAACCAGAACACUUACACGUUUUAAAAUUACAUCGUUUAUAUUAUGGCCUCUCUCACUUUGCUACUUGGGUUGAACGCGGAAUGUCUGAUGACUUCACUUCAUUGAGUUAUGGUGGGGCUGGUUCAAUGUUUGAGAGUGUUUCGUCGCUCAUUAACGCCGGUGAUAUAGUUGAUGUGUUUCUUCGUCCUUAUAUGUUCUACCUCAGUACAAUUAAUUCCGUCGUUACAGUUCUUGAACUCCUUGAGACCUACGCGAAUAAGCGUUCCUAUCAUCCAAAUGUUUACCGAUAUCUAGCAGAAGGAUACCUACUUUCUGCUGCAAAUUCAGGAACUGCCAUCCCUCGUACACCAAUUGGCUUCCGUAAUGCUAUCAAUAACGAUCUCACAGAUUCACCAAACCUACAAACCACAAUUGACAAUCUCGUUAAAUACUCCCUUAGACUCCUCCCGACUGUUGCUCCAUCAAAAUGGGAUCGUGGAGAUAAGAAUUGGCAUUAUAUGAUUGCCAAUAUUUGCCUUGAAAAUGGAUUCCCUGAAGAAGCUCUGGAAAUUGCAUUUUCCAUGUUGGACAAUCCAUCCUGGUGUCAUUAUGAUCGUGUUUGGAAACUUCUAGAUAGGUGCCUAUUGGUAGUGGGGUUGGACAGUUCAUCUUUAUCUAACCUCUGGUUAAUUCGAACCUCCAGUUGGAAUCGGUAUCUUUUUACAAAUCCAAAUUUGUCUCCUGAUGCAAAAGAUGUCCUUUUAAAACUCAAUCAGAUUUCGGUCUGUUGUUCUCAUAUUGAAAUCUCAUCCGAUGAGUCGGAUUGUGAUUUAUUUAGUGCAAUGGAGACCCUGCGGGCUAUACCUGACUUUCAAUUGAAUUUCGACAGAAUUUCCCAGUAUUUUCAACAUGCAAGGGGUCUAUUGGCUACCGAAGCACAGAAAACUAAGCCUAUUAAGGAAAAACCUGUAGGACAAGUGGCGGAAGCUUCCAUUGCAAGUUCUUGUGUUUGUUUAAAUCGAAAAAUUUACUUUCCAUAUGAACGAGUUGCGGUCUAUAAACGGUUAUUAUCAAAAAUAACUACGGAAAGUGAAUCGGAUAACCCUGAAGAGCUUCCGGAAUUUCAGGAAUUUCUUCAGCUUCAUCGUCAACUUCAAAGUGCUCAAAAGGAAGCUUCCAAGGAUUUGGUGUCUUUUUCGCCCUGCGGACAUUUAGUUUUGCCAGUAGACAUGGAGGAAUUCUUCCUUGAACGUCUUUAUCAAGAUCAAUUACUUCGGACUCCUAGCGGUGUCUACAAGUUUGUGAAUAGUUCACAGUUUCAACUUGGUCGAGCUUCAACAGCUUCAUUUUCGCAUUUAAAGAGCUUUGGUAAAGAUUCCACAUUAGCAUCCUUCUUGCUAAAAGAGAAGAUCCUUUCCUGCUCCUUAACUGUGAAGACUUCUAAGAUAGCUGAGGAUGUGAGCUAUAAACAUGCAAAAAUUUCACCAGAAGUGAAUAUUAUCACCACUGCUGAUGUAUUAGUUGAUUUUGCCAAGUAUUUUGACUCCCAGACAAAGUGCUACUUUCCUGUGGAAAUCAUUCAAUCUCCAUUUGAUACGGACAAACGGAUAGCUCUCUUAACCAAACCUUUCUUGGCGGAACUACCAAAGGACAACCGUUUGAGAACAAAGGAAUGCUACAUGACACUUUGCAGAGAUAACCUUCUAGUGGCUCCUCCGAAACAACCUUUAAACUCACCUAAACAGAUUCCUUCUGGAGCCAUGAAAAGUGACUCUUCUUCAGAUGAAGAGGGGCCUAAUCUCAUCAUUGAUGACAUUCCUGUUUGUGAAGCUUCAGUUUCUUUUAAUUCUCCUACGAAAGAAUUUAGUGAAAUUCUUAACCGUUGCUAUGUUGUGGAGAACACAGCACGUGACCUGAAUGAAAUUGAAGUCCUAGAUGAGCCAGCUUCGCCAGAACCAUCUUCACCACCUUGUACACCUUCUCAUCCCCCACCUUCACAUUCCCCAGUUCCGCCCACUCCCGUUGUUGCAACACCAUCGCAAUUGGGGGAAAUAACUUGCAACCGAUUUUGGAAUCUCUUUAAAGUGGGACAGCAGCGGUUACUUGUCUCCUCGUGUGGUGUCAAGUUGUCACCGGACUCGUGUAUUUUUAAGGCAGAUUGUCCAUUCUUUCCAAAAUGCACUGAACUUUGGCCUGGUUCAGGUCCGGAUUACAGGAUAGUGCAUUUAGAAGUUCGGCCCGAGUAUCUUCAGCCUUGGGGCUGUGAGGUCUUGUCAGAAGAGGAAAUCUUUUUGUCUCUGCUUGGAGCUCGCCUUUCAUCACCUGCUAAGCCGACAGUACUUCGCCUUCGUGUGGAAGCCUCAACAGGACGAAUAAUAUUUGCAGAGGUUCAAACAGUUGAUCAACUUUUGCAAUCGAAUCCACAUUUCAAAUUUGAAACACGUUUGGCUCGUUUAACGAACGUUUUUUCGCCUCUUUCUCGUCUUCCCGUUGGGAAAUAUCUCCUUCCAUCACGAUCAUCUUUUGUGGGGAAUAAAAAGAAGUACCAAAUCUACGAGUUAAUUACUGAAAAAGACAAGGGAUAUCCAAAAUCUGCGAUUGAUUUGCAUAAAUGUGCGACAGAGAUGUUCCAGGCCGCAUCAAAAGAGUUCAUUUCUUCCACAGAGGCGACUGACUUAGGAGCUACUUGGCGAGUGGUAAAACGGCUACCUCUAGACAUCUACACUCCCUCAGGCAUUGAUGGUGAAAAUCUUCUAAUCCCAGCCAUUGAUACAGGCUUCCAAAUGUCUCCGGUUCCUCAUACUUCACACCCUCUUUCAGAGCAUCCUAUAAUAAGGCGAUCACUUAGAAAAAGGGCUGUACCUGCGGAAUCAGAACAAACCUCACCUUCAGUUACGCCAAAGAAGCUAAAAAUUGAAAGCCAGUAA